GUCCCUGAUGUUACGUUGUCAAACACCGCUCCACGCCACAAACACCCGUAUAACACUUGUACUCUUUUACUCUCCUCUCCCUUAUUUAUCUCCCUCUCAAACCACAAACACAGAGAGAGAGAGGGAGAGAGAGAGAAUCUUAUGAGUAUCAUUUGGGUUUGAUUCUGUUUUCUUCUUUAGUCAUUAUCAAGAAAAGAAUCGAUUUUUGAGGAAGUCCCUCAAGAAUGGAGAAACAAGUUCUUGAUUAUAUGCUAGUUCCAACUGGGCUCCUCCUAAUGGUGGCUUACCACGUCUGGCUCUUCUAUCAGGUGGUGAAGCACCCCUCCACCACAGUCAUUGGCAUCAACGCCGUCAACCGCCGCUUCUGGGUUCGUGCUAUGAUGGAGGACGCGUCAAAGAACGGGGUUUUGGCAGUGCAAACCCUGAGAAACAACAUAAUGGCAUCCACCCUUCUAGCCUCCACAGCCAUAAUGCUCAGCUCCCUCAUCGCCGUCCUGAUGAGCAACGGCAGCGGCAACAGCCCGGCCAAAUUUGUCUACGGCGACCACAGCGAUCUGGGAUUCUCGAUAAAGUUCUUCUCCAUAUUAGUGUGCUUCUUGGUAGCAUUCUUGCUCAACGUGCAGUCGAUACGGUACUACAGCCAUGCCAGCAUCCUCAUCAACGUGCCGUUGGAAAAGAACUGCCGUGGAAAUCCCGAUGGAUGUCGCCGGAGACUGCAUUUGACGGCGGAGUACGUGGGCAGGACGGUGAACAGGGGAAGCUACUUCUGGUCGUUGGGGUUGAGGGCGUUCUACUUCUCUUUCCCUCUGUUCCUUUGGAUCUUCGGGCCGAUUCCCAUGUUUGUUUGCUGUGUUGUUCUGGUUUUCUUGCUGUAUUUUCUUGAUGUCACCUUCGAUUUCGGGUGGGUUGUCGACGAGGAUCAUUGCAAGGAGGAUGAGGAGAUCAAUGGAGCAAGCAACAAAUGCUAAGCACAGGAUAGAAAACGUAGAGCAAUUCUGAUUCAAUUGAGGCUGAAUUGAAUUGUUUAUGGAAACUAAUUGUACUAGCAUGAACUGAAUGUUCAAUUUCCCAUACACCAACUGAGGCCCUAAUUUGGGAUCAAAAUUAUCUGAGCUGCAAAACUAGGUGCAAGUUUAUCACCAAUAAUGUUAUCACCAGGCCUGUAUAUAUAUAAAUAAAAGAGCAUCGUUAGAUCUGCA